AUGACCAGAGAUGCGAUGCCGUUUAGCAAGCAAGAGGCAAGUACUGAUAUGUUCAAGUGCGGAAAAUGCAAGCAAAGAAAAUGUACUUAUUACCAGAUGCAGACUCGGUCCGCAGAUGAACCAUUAACGACCUUUGUCUCAUGCGUACAUUGCGGUAAUCAUUGGAGGUUUUGA